GCUCCGCGCAGCGCACGCGGAAGUGGCUUCCUCCAGCUGACAAGCCGGGCGGUUGUAGCCGUUCCUCGCCUGCUGGCGACUACUACACGGAAUGGCAGGAGUGCGAGAGCCCGGGGAGAACCGGGCCGCUGCCAUGGCUGUGGAGCAGGACAUGUUCGACGCCGUCGUGAUGGCGGAUGAGAGAUUCCAUGGGGAGGGAUAUCAGGAAGGCUAUGAAGAAGGCAGCAGCUUGGGGAUCGUCGAAGGAAGGCAGUAUGGCACAUUACAUGGAGCCAAAAUUGGAUCUGAGAUUGGGUGCUACCGCGGCUUUGCUCUUGCGUGGAAGUGUCUCCUACGCAGUGGUGCAGGCGAGAAAGACAGCAGGAAGAUGAAGGUGGUGGAGGCGCUGAUCACACUGCUGCAACACUUCCCCUAUGAUGACCCCACUUACGAGAGGCUCCAUGAAGACCUGGACAUAAUCAGAGGGAAAUUCAGACAGCUAUGCUCACUGCUCAACGUGCAGCCAGACUUCAGGGUGACCGCGGGAGGCUCCAGACUUGCGUUUUGAGGACUCAGAAGAGCAGAUGCCUGCACAUAUAAUGUCAGUGAUUAAAGGCAGCCUGAGUGGCCCUCAUUUGUUCUGUGAGAGGACCAGUGUGGCCUCUUCCCUAGGCUCUUGCUGGCUGGCUGGCCGAGAUAACACUACCCUGCCUUCUGCACAGGGUUCUGGCAUCACCCUCAAGAGAUUGCUCGCUGCUGGCCAGAGUGAGUAGCUUUGUCAUCCCAGUGGUCUUGGGUUGGAUCACCCUGAGGGUAGGACUCAGGCAGGCUGAUGUAAAAGCCCUUAAUGGGGAGCCGCAGCAGGUUCUCUGCUGUGUGCUGAGCUUCUGCUGACCACACUUGGGCUUCCUUUGGUUCACUCCGCCCCUCUGGCAGUCCCAGAGGUGGGUGCCGUUCCACUUUAGAGGUGAUGAAGUAGACGCACCUAGUGUAACAGCCUGCCAUCAGAGCUGCCUGCUACCCCAGAUCCACGUCCUGCAGUGCCACACAGUGCCUCUGCCUUGAGCGUGUGUCGUCAUUGCCUGCACCACUGGGACCCUGUCCUCUGCUGCAGAAGGCCCAGAUUCCUGCAGUGUGUACAGGGGUACAGGGUUCAGACUCCAUUGGGCUUGGUUUGCCUCUGGAUGCCCAGCUGAGAAGGCAAGGCCAGUCAGAUCCCUAGGAAGCCAAGGCAUGGCCUUCACGCUGUUCCCAAGUGUGGGAUGAGCUCUACACAUUAAGAAGUAGCCGCUGGGGGACUGCUGGGAACCAGAGCAGGACCAGAUGGUUACUGCCACUGUGACUGUCCAGGGGCUUGCCUGUGUGCCACUCCUUCUUUAGCAGCAGCUUGCGAGUCUUGCAUGGUGUUCACAGGCAGGUAUAAGGUGAGCUGACAGGAGUAGGCUCAGUAUACACCACUUCACAGGCGUGGACGCGUGGCAGCAUGCGUUGAUAUGCCCUCCUUUGGGUGGCUCCACUGUACCCUGACUGUCCCUACUCAGUUCUAGGGCAUGAUGUGAAGGGGUCACCGUGGAUGUGUGCCAUUUUGGUUUGGGUUCUUUUUUUUUUUUUUUAAUUUUCUUUUAGAAACAGAGUCUCACUGUAUAGCUCAAGCUGGCCUUGAAGGGUGACCCUCCUACCUCAGCCUUAUGAGUGCUGGGAUCUCAGGCCUGUGGCCCUAGGACACUGUUUUUAAUAUCAUUUCAUAGCAUCUUGAUAGAGUAGGUACAGCUGGAGCUCUUCCCUCGUUCCGUCAGUCCAGCCUAGCCAGAGAGGGAUGGUGCUGGUGCUUGAGGCCCGGGGUGCCACGCACCUGGCUUCCUGAGCCAGGCAGUGGCCUUUCGGGAGUCUCACACCACCCUCCAGGUGCUCCCAGGAUCAGGUGCUCUUCAGUGAGCUUCUCUGGGUGCUGAGCUCAGAGAGCUGUGGCUGCUGUUUUGAUCAUAGUUUACUUUUCUUUUUGGAGAAAAGAAUAAAUAAUGUGUUUUACAGCGA